CUUCCCAUUUCAAAGCAGACUCAAUGUAAUAAAUAUCUUCCUUUUUUAAUGUCUUGUCAUUAUUGUUAACAGAUCGACUUAAGUAUUAAGACUUGACUCUUCCUUAUAGAAAUUACAACUUAUUUCUAAUUUCUGUUUCAUGAAUUAUGUAAUUAUUUAAUUAGGCUACUUCCUGUGAAACUGUCAUUAUCUCAUGAAGGCCCAUCCCUUUUGCUAGGAUAUAAAAUCAGCACUGAAACACAUUAUUUCAUUCACCUGAUCAGAGAUGGAUCUGCAAAUCUCAGUUUUUCUUCUGCUAUUUUUUUUCACUGCAGGUACAAAGAAAAUUAGCUUGAAUUGUUAUUGAAUACAAAUGACUGGAUUUCUAUGUCACUGUCUCUCUCUUUUAUUACUAAAGGGCACUCUCUCAAAUGUUACCAGUGCACAAAUAUUACACAUUCUUGUGCAAAUGAAGAGGUAACAUGUCCUGAAUUUUCCUCAUGCUACAGUUCAACAAUAGUAACACAAAAUGGAAACUCUACUAUUAAAAUUAAAAUUAAAAGUUGUAUAUCAAAUCUCAUCUGUACAAAUGGGCACGCAGACUUCAACUCUGCAAAUAUGUCCUAUUCCUGCUGUAACACAGACCUUUGUAAUGCCAAAGAUGCCCCAGAUCCUUCCAGUUCUACUGCCAAAGAGGUUCCCAAUGGAAAGAAAUGUUACGAGUGUUAUGGGCCGUACUGCUCAGACAUAGUGAACUGUACAGGGAGUGAAGAUCACUGCAUUACACAUAAAGGAACUUACGGUGGCUUGUCAUUUAAUGUAAAAGGUUGUGCCUCUAAAGACGCCUGUGAUUCGUUGACAUCAAGUCUUUAUGGUCAGGGCGUGUCAUGUUGUUCGGGGAACCUGUGUAACGGUGUUCAGAGCGUCACUCAGAGCUUCCUGUUCCUCUGCUGUUCUCUGCUCUCCUUCAUCCUGCUGCACUGAAUCCAGCAGCUCUUCACAUUCUACAAUCAGACACACUGUACUGAAUAUAGAGCUUGUACUUUUUGCCUCUAUAUUUGUGGUUCUGAUGCAAUGAAUUUGAAAGCAUACAGGAAAUUGUAUAUUCAACACUUUGUUUCUGGAAUUCAUAUUUAAAGCUUCAAGCUGUAAAAGGUUCAAAAACAAAUAUAAAAUCAUCAUUAUGUUCAGUAGAAACAAGUUUGAUCAUUCUUUAACUAUUCAAAAAAGGGGGGAAAAAUCCACCUGUUAAGUUUUACAUGAGUUCGUAGUACAAUAUUUACAUUUCCACUAUU